GGCACUGCAACGCUGCGUGUUGGCCAUCAGUGACGAAGAGUAAGUGUAUGUCUGUGAAGGCGGGGAUCUCUAAUUCUGCGUUGGAUGCCUCGGGGAAACGGGAUCUUGAGAGACGAGACUGAAGACAAGCCUGUGGUUGUAGGAGUGACCCAAAGAAAGAUGCGAGCCAGUCGCCUGUUGAGACCCUGCAGCAUGGAAGGUUCGGACGCGGAAGCCGCCGCGAGCAAGCGUUUCCACGACGCCGUCAGGGCAGGUGACGUCACCACCGUCUCAACACUUCUAGCCACCGGACUCGUGGACCCCGACGACCCGAACCGGGAUGGCGGUGGGAGCACGGCCAUUCUCGAAGCCGCCCGCCACAACCAACCAGAGGUCGCAGCCGCUCUUCUGGACGCCGGCUGUGACCCUAGCCUCGGAGACAACAGUGGCUGGACCGCCAUGCACGAAGUCUUCAAGAGCCCCGAUGUUGCCAGGCUCCUGCUGCAAUCUCUCACCGCUCGCUGGGACGUGGCCGAUUCAGCGGGUAGCUUGACGCCGCUUCACGUGAUUGUGAAGAGUGCCGUGUCUACGAAUGUGACGCCGACUGCUUCGCAGCUGGAGGUCUUGAAAGAGGUGGCGCGGAUGUCCAACGUCGGUGCGGUUACGUGCACAAAAGACACCGCGUUGCAUCUGGCGUCCUCCGGUCGCCAUGAUCGCCCUGAGGUGGUUCGGGUUGUGCUGGACGCGGUGCCAACGAUGACGUUGUGUAAUGCUCAAAACAACCGAGGGGAGACACCCCUGCAUCUUGCUGUUGUGAACGGGAACUACGAGACGGCGUUAGCCCUUCUUGAGCACGUCGAAGUCCUCCGAAGAGGAAGGAGCGGCGGCUUGAGGCGGGCGAAGGGGAAGCUAGUCUUAUCAGCCGUUCCGGAAGGAGACAUCGUAGAGAACGACAUUCGAGGAAAGAGCAGCAUUAAAAAACCCAAGCACAAGAACCUAAAUGAGGUCGAACGAGCCGGGUGCAAGUCUCCGGACGAGGAACUGAGGAACCGGCAAGACAAAGGAAACGAGUGCGAAAUCACAAGUCAACAUGCAUCUAGCUUAGACGGUGAUCAAGUCAAAGAACAAGAUGACGACCGAGAUCAAGAGACCUUGGAACAUGAGGCCAGUCAGGACACACUUCAACAAGCAGAUGAAUCUCAAGGCAAGCAGCCGGAGGUCACGCAAAACCAGAAUGACGCGAUCCAGCGUCAAAACGGAGCGGAGAUACCUCUAGACAAGAGUACUGACGAAAAGCAUGGGAACAGGCAUCAAGAUUACUCGAAUCACCAAAAAACCGGUGAUAGUAAUGACUCAGAAAUAACGAUAACAGUUCAAGACGUUGAUGAUGCUAGCCUGGGCGUGUCGUCUCAUGACCAGGACGAAAAGACGACUCACAACGGAACACAUUGCGACAAUCAGAAUGCCGACCAAAACGGAAAUGCUCCUAACGGAGCCGGAACAGCCGUAGAUCGCAUCGAGGUAGACCUAUGCGACCGCUUCGGUCAGACGGUUCUUCAUUACUGCGCGGCGAGGAACGCCACCAGCGUCCUUGAACCCCUGCUGAGGCACAGCGGCGUCUGCGACGUUCAAGACCUGCAAGGGGACACGGCUUUGCAUGUAGCAGCCCGCAGGGGACACGACCGCUCUUUGGCGCUGCUCCUACAGUUCGGUGCCGACCCUAGCAUAAGGAACAAUGACGGCAGGACCGCGUUGGAUUUGGCCGUGGCUGCGGGCUUCGCGGACGCCACGAAGGUGCUGUACGAGAGCGCGACGGAGCCCGUGCUCCGCAAUGCGGACGCUCUGCGGAGGCAGGACUCAGUCCGUCGCUGCACGCGGAUUGGGAGGAUAUUCCUGGAGGUUGAAGUGCCCAGUCAGUCCAGUGCGACGAAGCAGCUGUAGGACAUAACGAUAACCUCAAAGAACAUUGCCCUUUUUUUACUUUUUUUUUUUCAUCACCAAGGUGUGAACGUGUUGUGUGCACGAAAGUAAAGAAUAUUCGUUUUGACAA